UAUACCUGUAUUCAAAACUCUCAUAUGCAAAGUAAAAGGGCGGAUUUUAUAUCCCCGAACAACAAAAUAUUCUUUCUAAUUUUAGAAGUUUUAUGAAUUUACCCCAGAUAACUUUAAUUUAUUUGUUAAGCCUAUUUCACCCACAUUUUAAAUCAUCAAUGUUAAAAAACUAUUGUAAGUGCAGCUUUAUUCUGAAAUAUAGAUACUCUUCAAGAUAUUUUCAAAUUUCCUUCUUUCAAUAAAUAAUAUAACAUUCGACGAUCAAUCAUUCACUCGCUCUAUUAGUUUGAAAUGAAAGUUUCAACUACUAUUUCUUCCCUCGCUUUAUUAGUUUCGUCAGCUUUAGCUGAUUUACAAAACGUUUCAUUGUUCGUUUCCUCGGACGAUACUUCCAUCAAUGGUAGUGGUCUUGGUGCUCCACAUGAAGGUGCUGGUAUCAAUUACCUUUUUAUUGGUAGUAAUGGUGGCAAUUUUGGUACUGCCAAUACCAUAGCAUUGGUUUACAAUACAACUUCUCAAGGAUUAUAUUGGCAAUUAGAACCCGGAAUUAUUGAGUAUUUUGGUGUCUCUGGAGCUGUUGCUCAAUUAAGUGUGGCUGUGUCUGGAACUGGUGUUACCUUUGAAAAUGGUUACUUGGCUUAUGAUGGUUCAACCGAAGGUUUCUAUGCUCUUUAUAAUAUCAGUGAUCCAUACAAUUAUUCUAAAUCUCAAUUGGCUAUCGUCAGAGAUCUCAGUGCAUCCCCAGAAGGUGGUAUUCCAAUUUCUCUUACUGCUGUAUUUGGAAGUGCUUCUGCUACUGCUGCUUCAUCCACUACUUCAUCAGCUCCAACCACCACUGUUGCCACUGAAACCUCAACUACCUCUGCUGUCGAAUCUACCACUACUGUUGCUGUUAUUUCUUCAGGUGAUGCUGCUGGUGCUGUUAUUCCAGGAACCUUCUUAGGCGCUGCUGCUCUUGUUGCUGGAUUAUUAAUGUAAUUCAGCUUUCAACUUGCUUUUAAUUUUGCAUCUUCUUCAAAAAUUAUGUAUUUUGUUAAUUCUGUUGUAUUUAUUAUCCUAAUGUUUUUGUUUUAUUUUAGUUUAGGUUAGUUUCUGUUUAAUAUUUAUUUGUUCUGACGUCAUUAAAGACAUGUUAACUCUUUAGUAUCCCCGAUUAUUUAAAGUAAGUUAUUUCGGUGUUAGAAGGCACCAUUUUAAAUCUUUUUAAUCUAUUUCAUCUGAUUUGUAAGCUUCCUUCAUCUGUUUAUGGGGUCAAAUGCUAAAUUUAGCAACUGGAUAAAUGCAAGCUUCUCGGAGAUAAAUUCUAAAUUGAAUAACUUUGUAUAUCCCAUU